AUGACCUCUGAAGCCUUCAAACUGAAAGGCCUCUCUAAACAAGUCUGUAACGACUUUAUCAAAGAUGCUGGUAUUAGACUUCAAGAGCGCUUAGCCAGAGAAGCUGAGGAACGAGAAAGGAAGGAAGCCGAAGAGAAAGUACGCCAAGAAGAACUACAGAGAAUCAGAGAAGCUGAAGCCAAGGCUGUCGUUGAUGUUGUUGCCGCUGCGGCUGCUGCUGAGGCUGAGGAAAAAGCUAAAGUCGACGCUGAAGAAGCAGCUCGUAUUACUGAAGAAGCAGCUGCCAAAGCCAACGCUGAUGCACUGACUCAGGGGGAGCACUCCAACUUUGGGUUCGUCCCUCUAGUCUUGAAGACUCUAGAGGAACUGCAGAAAGAACAACAGGUAGUUCGAGCCAGGCUGGACCAACAGGAUUCUGUCAAUAUCAACAUUCAGAACAUGUUGUCCCAGCUGCUCCAACGGAUGCCUCCGCCUCCAAACCCUUAG